AUGAAUAUUAGAUAAUUAGAUAAUAUCAUUUCAUGGCUCCUUUCUAAAUUCAAAUCCUCCCCAUAUAGAUGGAAUGAAUAAUAAGUACAUUCCUUUUGUGAAUCAGUUAAAUUAUAAUGGGCUGUGUCUAUCAUUACUGUAAAUGACUUCAUCAAAUAUUUAGAUUUAAACUACUCCAAAACAAAGGUCUAAUAAUUAUUAGGAAACAUAAAUCACAAUUAAUAAAUUAUAAAUACCUUUAUUAGAUGUUUGUACAAGAUAAUAUGAAGAAAUAUUAGAGUUGUGUAAUGCUUAAAGUAUUUAUAAAUUGAUAAGUCAUUCUAUGGAUAUUAAUCUUUAUUAUUAAAUCUAGAAAUUAAAAAUAUGGUCCCUCAUAGUUUUGAAAUAUCAACAUUAUAGAGAAAUAUUCAAAAAACAUUAUGGAUCUAAAUUAUUUUCAUAGUCAAAAUGUAAAAGUUGUACUGCUGAAAUUAGUUGUGCAUGUUAAAUAUUAACUAAAUUUUUAUAUGAAAUAGAAAUCUAUAUUAAGAGUAUAUAUGAAAACUUUAGUACUCAAACUUAAAAUAGAAGAUGUUCUAUGUAUAUCAGUUCAGAUAUCAUUAAUUUAUUGUUGAAAUCUAUAUCACAUCUACCUUAAUAUGAUUAAUAACCAUUAUUUUGGGAUAUGGAUGAUAUUAAGGUUUUAUUGCAUGUAAUCAAAUUCCAAGAUUUUUAUUAAUUGCUAUUUUAAAAUUAAAUUGAUGGAUUUAUUUUAUUAAUACUUGUAAAUCCACCUUUUAAGGAAGAUAAUCUAUUUUUAAAAUGUCUAUUGAUGAGUUAAUAAAAUAUUACAUAAAAGUCUUCAAACCUACUUUAUCAAAAUAGAUAAAGUAUGGUCAGAAAUACUAUGUAAACUGCAAGCAAAUAUCAUUAAAUAAAUCAAUUUCUUCAUUUAUUGCAUUAUUUAUUGCAAAUUUUAAGUUUAGCUGCUUAUAAAAAUUAAGAAUCCUAUACAGAAUAUAAAUAAUUAGGAUAGAGAAAAGUUAGUCAAAUUAGAUGGAUAUCUUUAUAUUAUUUCACAAAAGAUACUUAAGUAGGAUAUGCUAAUAGAAAAUCUAUAUUAACAGAAUAAUUUAAGAGAUCAUCAAGAUCUUAUGGAAAUGUCGAAUAAUAAAUUAAAAAUAGAAAUAAAACAGAAACUUUAGAUUAAUUUGAAAUUAAUAUAAUGGUUAAAGAUCAAAGUUUAGAAUAAAUUAAAAAAUAGUUUAGUCAACCUAAUGUUACACAUUCAGCAACAACUUCACCUAUUACUUAAAGAGAGACUAAUUGGAUCAAAUUUAAAAAUUAAAAUGUUCAUGGAUUUAAUAUUGAAGAUACUGUUUAUAGAGGUAGUUCGUUUAUGAUGUAUUUUUUUAUAAUAAUUUAAGACCAGAUAAUGAUGGUUAGGUAUCAGAAUAAGAAAGGGAUAGAUAAAAUACAGAAACAAACGUAUAAUUAGAAGAAGAAAUAUUAUUUGUUGGAAAUGGCAAUCCAUCUUAAGAAGAACAAUCCUAAUUAUUAUCUAAUUAAGAAGAAGAACAACAAUAAGAACUAAAUGAUUAAAUGUAGUAAUCAGUGGCAUUCAUGUAAUAAUCUGUAUUAAUUUAAUAAUAAUCUUAACCAUUAUAAAAAGAUUAAUAAUAAUAAGAUAUGGGUUAAUCUGUUAUUUUAGGUUAAUCUAAUGUUAUGUAGUAAUCUAUAAUGAUGUAAUAAUCAACAAUGAUGUAAUAAUCAAAUUUAUUAAAUAAAUCGAUCUAAAUAUAAUAGAUUAUUGAAUAAUAAGAUAAUUAACGAGUAGAGUACUUAUUAUAAAAUAAUUUUUAGAUUUAAUAAUAGAAAUCAAUCAAAGAAUAAAUUUUAAAAAGAUUAGAAAGAUUAACUCUUCAACCAUCAUUUGAUUUAUUUUAACUUUCAUAUUAAACACAUUUGAAAUUGAAAUGUGAUGAGUAAUAAAAGGUAAAUAAUAAUAUUAUUAAAAUUAGUUAAAAAUUAUUAAUAUUUAAGGAGCAAGUUUUGGUAGAAAUGAAGAUUGCACAUUUGCCUUUACAGAUCAUUCAAAAAUUAGUAGCAAACAUUGUUAAAUUUAUUAUAAAGAUAGUAAUUUUUUAUAAAUAAAAUGACAGAAGCUUUUUAUCUAAUUGAUGUUGGAUCUAAGGGGGGCACUUUUAUAAAAAUAAACCAUAAUUUUGUAAUAGAAAAAGAUAUGUCAGUAUAUAUUGGUAAUAGAUUUGCCUUUAAAAUAAUUGACAUAAAUACAGAGACAGGAUUUUUAGAAGUGCGUUAUGAACAUGAAGGUUUAGCAAAAAAUAAAUCAAUACAAUUAAAGAGAGGUGAUAAAUUUUAAAUAGGAAGAGAAAAAUCUAAGAAUGAUUUUACAUUUAUGCUUUCAUAGUAAAUUUAUUAUAUUAAAGAAUAUAGAUGUAAUAGAUUAAUGAGUGCAAAACAUAUGGAAAUUUAUUAUGAUUAUAAUUUUAAAGCUGGAUCAAUAAAAUUAAUGAUAAAUGACUUAGAAAGUAAAAAUGGUACAUGGUUACGUCUAAGUGAAAAAUAAGUUGUUAGUUCUCCGUUUCAUUUAUAAAAAGGAGCGAAAUUUAAUUUAUCAUUUGAAUUAAUAUUCGAUGUCUUUGAGUUGGUAUGUGAUGUAUGA